AUGUUGGCACAACGAGCUGCUUUUCUUUGUAAAUCCCACCAAUUUUUUGCAACGAAACUAUUUCUCAAUUUUUCAUGUUCCAUUCUUUCAAAUUUGAACCCUUCAACAAGAUCAUUCUCACAAUCAUUGUUUUUUAAAUCCAAACACCAACUUGAACAUGUUCAAAUACCAAACAACAUCAUUCUUGAUGAAAGACCUAUUUCAAUAUCGGAAAGAUCCUUUCUCACUCCAUCCAUGAAAGAGUACGGAAAUGGACUUGUAUUGAGAAUUGUACGAUUUAGUAUUGUAGAAUCUUUGGAUGAAAUUUCCCAAUCAUCAUCAUCAUCAUGGAAGAAAAUAUUUCAUCAAGUAUUGAAGGAGGCUUUAACGCGAAUUCAAAAAACUCAACCUUUAUUACAAAGUAGAAUUAUUCGUGAUGAGAAUACGAGUACUGGAUUUAAAUUUGUCAUGAUUGAUGAUGAGCAUGUGCCUGAAAUUCCAUUUUAUGAAAUUCAAUUCGAUCAUGGUAAAUAUUCAUCAUUGCAAGAUUAUUUGGAAAGAAGCUUGUUGCAGAGAAGCUAUGAUUUGGAAAAGAAUUUUCAAUUGGAAGUGUAUUAUCAUGUGGAUUCUGUCAAGUCUGAGCUCUCUCUCAUGUUUUGUUAUAAUCAUUGUAUUGGAGAUGGAUUAUCAUUGUCAAAUUUCAUUGGCAGUGUUUUGAAUGAAUGUGAAAAUAUUUACAUUCAAAACAAUAGCAACCAAAUGAAUAGCAGAGGAGAGGGUGUCCAUUCGCAUCCGAGAAAAUUAUUACCCUCCUCCGAUCAAGUAAUUUUACAAUCACCAUUCAAUUCAUUCACCAGCAAAAUGAAGGCACUCUUGUAUGGAAUUCCUUGGAUCUUUAAAACAAUAACAACAAGAAUUAAUCAAACCCUUGUCGAUGAAAGUAAGAGGUUUGAAAAGAGACAAAUGUGCACAACUGUGUUAGAAUUGGAUGGCACUCGCACAAAGGCCUUGAAGAAGUUUUCCAAAACACAUGCAUUGUCACAAAAUUCGCUCAUACUUUCUCUUUUAUCACAUGCAUAUAUUCGAGUGGCAUGUAGUCAUUACAUUGAAAAUCAUCAAAGAAUCUCUCAAUCUCAUCAAAGUCAAUUCAAUAGUACGUUGAGAAUUGGUUAUCCUGUAGGGCUAUCACUUAUACCAGAUUUGAAUUCAGUGUUGGAUGGCUCAAAACUGACAGUACAUGUUGGUACCAUGAUGCGAGAUGUGACCAUAUCACCACUCGUCUCGUGCAUGACUAUUCCUAACAUGAAUGACGAUCAAAGAGCAGACACACAAAGACAAGAACAAACUCUUCAAUCUAGCAUUAUUGAAAUUGCCAGAGAUAUUAAGGAUAAUCAUACCAAACAUUUUACAAAUCAAUUCACGCUUGUCUACGUCAUGACAUCAGCUGCCAAUAGAGAAAAAGCCAUUCUAAAAUCCAUCGAAACCAAUGAUAUUCAUUUUGGAGGGAUUCCCCUCAAUUUCAUUUUGACCAACAAUGGACAUUUAGAAUCCGUGAUGAAGAGAUGUUAUCAAUUUUCUGAUUCACUUUCCUUAAUGAUGGAGUCCAUGUAUGCCGUGGCGAAUACUUCAGCACUUGCAAGUGCAUUGGCAUGUGGUGUGUUGACUCUUCCUGCAGACAAUGCCCACAACAAAGAAGCACAACUCAUAGUGUCCAUCUCGAGUGUGCAACCUGUGGUUACACGAGAGAAAUUAUUGGCCAUACAAGACGAAUUAGAGAAUUUGAUUGGCAUGAUUGCUCAAUGA